AAAAUGGCCUGAGUUACCUCCUUGGACAUCAUUUUUUUUCCACAACUCUUCUGUCAGACGCAUCUUUCACAGACCAUCUCACUCUCUCUCUAUAUCUUUAUCUUGCUCCCUCUGUUUCUUCUUACCAGCAACACCACCAUCACGGCUGAAGUCAGCAACACCACCACCACCGCCCCAAGCCUUCUUCAGAGGUCAUCUCUCUCUCUCUCUCUUUAUCUUUCUCCCUCUGUUUCUUCUUACUACCAUCUAUCGCCGAAGUCAGCAACACCACCGCCACCCCAGCGACACCACCAGCGACUCCACCAGCAACAUCGCACCGUCGCUGCUACCCUCCCAGGUGGCAAUUUAUUCCCUUUUUAAAUCUAAAGCAUAUGGAAAUCAAUUGUCUUGGGCACCUGCAUAAAUGACACCCACCUGCAACUGAAACAUGCUGUAAGUUCCAAAUAUUUUUCCUGAAUAUGUGCCAUUGCUUGACACUUCAUGCUUCUGAGUUCAGUCAUUAUCAAAUGCAAACUGUGCAAAAAUCCGUGGAUAAUAAGGAUCCUAAUAUUUUGGGGUUUUAUUUAGCUUCAGAGGUAAGAUGGAUACCUUUGUUGUUCUUAAAGUGUUGCUACAUUUAUAUGAUUAAUCAAUGCAUACCUUCUUCGGUUAAAGAAAUAAAAUUCCUUUGCAAUUUUAUUGCAUUGAGAUUAAGUGAAUUUGAAAUUAUAUUACUUUAUAUUUUUACAUGUACCAUUGCACGAAUUAAAUCUACAAGAAUUACAUUGCUUGUAAUUGGUUCAACAUGAAUGCAAGGGUUAAUCAUAUAUAUUUUUUUUCUUUUGAGAUCUAAAGUAUUGGUUUUACAUAUAUACUCUUGGUUUUGCAGUGAGAUUUAAGGAAAAGAUGAGAAGAGGAGACCUUUUGACAAAAUGACAACGUAUUUUAAGUAUGCAAAACACUUUAGAGAGUACUUAGUUUUAGUUAUCUUUUCAAGUGUUUCGACUUAAUUUAGAAAAAUUUAUUUAAUUUUCAUUAGUUGUGUUGAGAAGAAUGGAAUCAAGAUCGCAGAACAGGUAUUAAAGUGUUGCUACAUUUGUAUGAUUAAUCAAUGCAUACCUUCUUCGUUUAAAGAAAUAAAAUUCCUUUGCAAUUGUAUUGCAUUGAGAUGAAGUGAAUUUGAAAUUAUAU